AUGGAGCAAGAGGUUCAAAGUUCUUAUCCAUUAUUAAAAUGGCCAGCUUCACUAGAUAUUCCAUUAAAGGCUUCUGAGGAAGUCGUUAGCAUUGAUUUAGAAACUGAUCUACCAGAUAACCCUUCUGAUCUAAAAACUUUACUGGUCGAAGAAGGUUCUGCUAAAGAGCAUUGGUUAACAAUUGCUGCCGCCUAUUGCAAUCAGGGUAAACUUUCAGAAGGUAUCAAAUUAGCUCAGCUGGCCUUAGAUGUAUUUGAGCAUGAAGAAAAGGCCACAAUUUAUACUUUCUUAACAUGGGCACAUUUAAAUUUAGCUAAGCAAGAAUCAACCACUUAUAAAAUGAAGGAUGAAGUUCUUUCAAAAGCUGAAGAAUAUUUAAAACACGCUAUUACUCUUGACCCAACUUGGGUUUCUAAUAUGUUAGCGACAGUUGACUUGUAUUAUGAAAGGGGCCAUUAUGAUAAAGCUUUAGAGACAGUUGAUCUUUUUAUUAAAGGUAUUCAUGCAGAUGACCAAAGAAAUGGUAGGGUUUCUAAACCUAACUCUAUGUUCGUACUUUUAAGGGCUAAACUAUUGUACCAAAAGAAGCAAUAUGCUCCUAGUUUAAAGCUUUUUCAAGAAUUACUAGUUAUAAACCCUUCUUUGCAGCCAGAUCCUCGUAUAGGUAUUGGUUUGUGCUUCUGGCAAUUAAAAGAUCACAAAAUGGCUAAAACCUCCUGGGAAAGAUGUGUAGAAUUAGAUCCAAAAAAUACUACUGCUUCUAUAUUAGUCCUAUUAAGUGAUUUGCACGACUCUCUUACUUCUUCGAAAAACGAUGAUGAUUUUGUCAAGAAAUACACUGAUGUUCUAAAAGAUUUAAAUAAUCUCUACUCCUCUUCAAAGCCAAAUCCGGUCCUUCUAACAGUUCUACAAAGCUAUUUCUAUUUGAAAGGUGAUUAUCAAAAAGUGCUAGAUAUAUAUAAUGAUCGAAUUGCACCCAUGGAUUUUUUGACGACGCCGACUGUCUUAUCUGAUUCAACAUUUUGGUGUGGUAGGGCAUUUUAUUCGAUAGGUGAUUAUCGUAACGCCUUCACCAUGUUUCAAACUAGUUUAAAAUAUAAUGAAGAUAACUUACUAUCCAAAUUUGGAAUUAGCCAAACACAGAUUAAAAACAAUCUAUUAGAAGAAAGUAUACUAUCUUUUGAAAACAUUUACAAAACACAUGAAGGUGUUCAAGAAUUAAAUUAUAUCUUAGGUAUGUUAUACAGUGGGAAAUGUUUAGACCCUAAACUGUCAAAACAUAUAUCAACUAAUGAACUAAAUAAACAAACCAAUAAGGCUAUCUCAUUUUUGGAGAAAUAUAUUAAAUUAACUCUUUCUACAAAGAAUAGAAUGGUUAUUCCUAGGGCAUAUCUGAUCAUCUCACAAUUAUACGAAACUCAAAAUCAAUACAAAUUGUCCAUGGAAUAUUUGUUAAAAGUGAUGGAGCAAAUUGAACUGGCAAAUGGUCAUAUACCUUUGGAAAUCUUGAAUAAUAUUGGUUGUUUCCAUUUUAUAAAUGGUGAUUAUGAGAAGGCAAAUGAUUAUUUCCAAAAGGCAAAUGAUAAUUGUGAUGAUGACAGUUAUCAAAUUACUAUUGAUUACAAUAUUGCUAGAACAACUGAAAAUCAUGAUACUAAUAAGGCGUCAGAAUUGUACGAAAACAUUCUCAACAUUGAGCCAAGUUAUUUACAAGCCAGAAUGAGAAAUCUAUACUGUAAAUUUGCCUAUAGCAAGGUAGAUAAUAUGGAGGUUAUUGAUAGCCAAGUUAAUGAAUUGAUGGAGAGUAAUAAGUCGGAAUUGGAAAUGCGCUCAUUUUUUUCGUGGUACAUUAAAAAUAAAAUAAAUAAUGCCAAUUUGGAUGAAAAAGAAUAUAAGCAACUUGAAGAUGUUGAGACUAAUCAUAACAGGGAAACUUUGACAAAAUAUGAUUCUCAUGAUGCAUACUCUCUAAUUUCUCUCGGUAACCUUUACUGGACGCUGGGGGUCAAUAACAAGGCAAAUCCAGAGAAAUCGAAGCAAUCGUUCUUAAAAGGUAUCCAGUUAUUUCAAAAAGUUUUGCAAGUUGAUCCAUUGAAUAUCUUUGCAGCUCAGGGUUUAGCAAUUAUCUUUGCUCAAAGCAAGAGGUUAGGGCCAGCAUUAGAAAUUUUAAGAAAAGUUAGAGAUUCACUAGAUAACGAGGACGUUCACAUCAAUUUGGGCCAUUGUUUGCUUGAAAUGAAUGAUUUUGCGAAAGCUAUUGAAAGUUAUGAAUAUGUCCUGAAAAGAUAUGAAAGUGUCAGAAACAACUCUAGUAUUUAUAAUAUAUUAGGUCACGCGUGGUAUUUAAGAGGAAAUAAAGAAAAGAAAUUAAUGUUCUUUCAAAAAGCUUUACAAAACUCUAAGAAAGCAUUAAAAAUAGAGAAUAAUUCAAGUACGAAAUCUUUAAAGAAAAUCAAUACUUUUAAAUUUAACAUUGCUUUACUUGAAUUCCAGAUCGCAGAAACCUUGAGAAAGAGCACCCCAUUAUUUAGAACUUCUGAAGAUAUUAAAAACUCUUUACAGGGUCUUGAAGAGGCACUUAAAAUGUUGGUUGAAUUAAAAGAUAAUUCAUCAUUUAAGUUCGCAUCUAAGGAAGAAAUUGAGCAACGUAUACAAUUAGGUAACACGACUAUGAAAAGUGCGUUAGAGCGUUGCUUAAAAGAGCAAGAAGAGUAUGAAAAUGAACAAUCUAUUAAAAUUGAGAAUGCAAAGAAAAUACAAGAAGAGAAUCUACAAAAAAUUAGAGAGCAAAAAGUUAAAGAAGAAGAAGAGCAAAAGGAAAAGCUGGCUAGGCAAGAGGAAGAAUACAAGAAACUACAAGAUCAAGCUCAAAAAUAUAUUCAAGAAAGAGCUGCUGCUACUGAAAUUGAUGAGAACGAUAUUGCAAAUGACGAACUUUCUGGUGAAGAGCGGGACGAUGAUUAUGAUAAUGAUAGCAAAAAGAGAAAGAGAAAAGUUACGCCUUCUGAUAAGAAGUCUUCAAAAAGAAGUAGGAAGAAUAAGAAAAAAGUGGUUGACUAUGACGAUGAAGAAUCGGACUCAGGUGCCAAUAUUAACAAUGAUGAAGAAGAUGAUGUAACUUCAGUUGCUGUUCCCCGCUCAAAAAAGGGUAAAAGAUCUACUUUAUCAAACGAAUUUAUUGAUGACAGUGAUGACGAUAUCGAUGCUUCCGUUCUGCAAGGUGAGGAGGAGGAAUCGCAAAUUUCGAAAAACGAGGAUGAGGACGAAGAUGAGGACGGUUUGUUCUAA